AUGUGUUCAGAAUUUCUUCUUUUUCAAAUUUCUUUCAUUUUUUUCUUUCCCUUUUACGUUUCAUUUUUUCUUUCACAUUAUUCUUUCUCUUACAAAAAUAACACAUUCCAAGACUCCAUCGCUUCUUCUUCUUCUUCUUCUUCUUCUUCUUCUUCUACUUCUUCUUCUUCUUCUUCUGCUGCUGCUGCUGCUGCUUCUUCGCUCUCUCUCUCUCUCCCUCUCUCCCCCUCCCCUCUCUCCCCUCCCCCCCCUCUCUCCCUCCCUCUCUCUCCCUCUCCCCUCCCUCUCUCUCUCCCCCCUCUCUCCCCUCCCCUCUCUCCCCCCCCCCUCUCUCUCCUUCCAUUUUUCUCUUGCUUUCUUUUUUUUCUUUCUUACUUCAUAAUUUCGACUUUCCUUCUCGUUUCUAUUUACGUUUAUGAGCUGGAGCUUUUGUUUCUUUAUCGGCUUUUCAACCUCCCUCCCUUCCUUCCUUCCUUCCUUCCUUCCUUCCUUCCUUCCUUCCUUCCUUCCUUCCUCCUUCCUUCCUUCCUCCCUCCCUUUCUUUCUUUCUUUCUUUCUUUCUACCUUCAUUCAUUCAUUCUUUCAUUCAUAGAAUUCCUGUGUCCCAUUCACCUUGGACGGACUUUUACACAACCUGCCAUAAGCACACCUGCGUUUGAACUAGAAAUCAGCUCUCUUUCUUUACAUCUUUCUUUCUUUUUUCUUCCUUUCUUUCUUUCUUUACUUCUUUCUUUCUUUAUUUUUUUUCUUCUUUACUUCAUUUUGUUUACUUCUUUCCUGCUUUACUUCUUAACUUUUUACACCCUUUUUCGUUACAUCUUUUUUUUUCUUUCUUUUUCUUCUUUCUUUUCUUUUUUUCUUUUUUCUUUCUUUCUUUCUUUCUUUCUUUUUUCUUUUUUCUUUCUUUAUUUUCUUUCUUCUUCUUUUUGUUUACUUCUUUCUUACUUUACUUCUAACUUUCUUUACAGCUCUCUUUCUUUACAUCUUUCUUUCUUUUUUCUUUCUUUCUUUCUUUCUUUCUUUCUUUCUUUCUUUCUUUACUUCUUUCUUUCUUUAUUUUUUUUCUUCUUUACUUCAUUUUGUUUACUUCUUUCCUGCUUUACUUCUAACUUUUUUACAUCUCUUUUUCGUUACUUCUUUCUUUCUUUCUUUCUUUCUUUCUUUCUUUCUUUCUUUUUUCUUUCUUUCUUUACUUCUUUAUUUCUUUUUUCUUUCUUUUUCUUUUUUCUUUCUUUCUUUCUUUCUUCACUUCUUUCUUUCUUUAUUUUCUUUCUUCUUUUUGUUUACUUCUUUCUUACUUUACUUCUAACUUUAUUUACAUCUCUCUUUCUUUACUUCUUUCUUUCUUUUUUCCUUUCUUUUUUCUUUCUUUCUUUCUUUCUUUACUUCUUUCUUUCUUUAUUUUCUUUCUUCUUUACUUCUUUUUUGUUUACUUCUUUCUUACUUUACUUCUAA